AGCGCAUGCGUGUUUGCAUAUAAAAAGCAUCUGUUCAAUUCUUUUUUUGGGGGAUGUAUAAAGCCAAGAGCUGGAGGCAGGAACAAUAUCUAAACAGCAAACACAAGAUUAUGUUGGACUGCUGUGGAAUUCAUCCCACCUGCAAAGAAACCUGCUUCAUCAAACUUAAAAGCGUCUCCGUCUUCACUGGUCUCCAUCUUCAGUGAUGGCCGAAUGGAGCUGGGUGGUCUACACGGUACUCGAAGUGCUGAUUGCUGUGACCUGUUGCCUUGGCAACGUGUUGGUGGUGUGUGCGGUGUGCAUUGGCAUCAGGGAUUUCCUCCACGAGCCAACUUUUUGCUUCCUGGUGUCCCUCGCGGUAGCUGACCUGCUUGUGGGCGUGGCCGCUGUGCCCCUGGCUGUGCUGUUGGACGGCUGGGUGAGCCUGACCCCUGACCUCUGCCUACUACUCAGCUGCGUCGUGCUCGUGCUGACUCAGGCCUCAGUGCUCUCACUGCUUGCCAUCGCUGUGGACAGAUACCUACGCCUUCACACCCCGCUCAGAUACAAAGCCUUGGCUACGCAGAAGCAUACAUGGAUUGCAGUUUCCCUGUGUUGGACUCUUUCCUGUCUCCUGGGAUUCACCCCUCUGUUUGGCUGGAACAACUCCUCCUCCAAAGCACCUGGCUCCACCAACUCCUCUUCCCUCUCUUCUCCUCCCUGCAACUUCCUCUCAGUAAUCUCCCUCCCCUUUAUGGUCUACUUUAACUUCCUGGGAUGUGUAAUGGCACCCCUGCUGGUCAUGACCCUCCUCUACACUCGAAUCUUCUGGAGUCUGCAGGGCCGUCUUAAGGAGAGCUGUGCCCAGGCUCAGGCCUCUCUGCUCAGGGAGAAGAGGCUAGCCUGCUCGCUGGCUCUGGUUCUCAUUUUGUUUGCUGUCUGCUGGAUUCCUCUGCACCUGAUGAACUGUCUGCUGCUGUUUCAAGGCCCUCAAGCUGUGACACAGGAGACACUCUAUGCAGGUAUUCUCCUAUCUCAUGCCAACUCAGCAGUCAACCCUGUGGUCUACGCCUAUCGCAUCCCAAAGAUCCAGCAGGCCUACAAUCAAAUAUGGAGGCACGUCCUUGGAAACAUAAACAGUUUAAAUGGGGAUAAACAGGUUUGUCGACCGAGAACAAGCAGCCAGGCCAAUCACACGGAGACGUGUGCAUCGAGAGAGCGGAGCUAACAACAAAGGGACGAAAGUGUUAUUUUAAGUCCAAUGUGGUUGAGUUCAUGGGACUUGUUUUUAUAAAGAGUUUUCAAAAAAAAAGAAACAACAGAAAACAUAGAUAUAACUGUGUUAAAACGUCUUUAUUACAAAUGACCAGCUGAGAAGAAUACAGGCAGCUUAGGAGUUUUUAAAAAUGUCAAGACUCCAAAUUGCAGUGUUCUGUUUGAAUGAAACGUCUCAUACUUUAAAUUUAGUCUGCCAUUGCAUUCAGUUGUCCCUUGUCUGCAAACUUCAUCUAAUCAAAGCUGUAUCAUGAGUCUCCAUUAGAGGGUGCUCUAAACUAACAAACUUAUUAGCUGCUGUUGUACACAAACCAAGAUGCCAAAGACAAAAUGACAUUAGGAGAGCAACAAUUUCAAGAUGUCAGUCAUUUAUUGUUGGACAAAUUUGAGACAAAGUAUGACUUUAUUCAGAUGUACACAUUUUAAAUACAUUACUACAUUUCUGCUUCUACGAUUAAAGGUGAAACCCGGCCGUGA